AUGUCGAGAUUUAUAAGACAAUCCAGCCAGCUCGCGCGAGCGACAAGGCUGUCGUCACAGCCUGCAUUACGAUUAUGUGCACGACCGUCAAUCAUCGCUCGAUCAAUCCCCGCAAAGACCUCUGCCGCAUUCGCUAUUCGAGCAAGGACUUAUUCCUCGCAACCCCCACCUCCGGGCAAGGACCCCCGAGCGACCCCCGAUAAAGACAACGAACAUGGAAGCAAACCCUCAAAUCAACAUAACGCAAAGGAUGUACCCGAGGGAGGCAAAUCCGAAGCACCGAAGCCGCCACCUCUGCCCGAGGGCUGGAUCCACUUGAACAAGGACGAAAUCGCCCAUCUCGAGGAAUUCACAAGUAAACUCCCAGAGGCCCAAAGGCCGGUAGCGAAGGAUAUCCUGCAAAAGCUGCAGAUUGUUGGCGCACCUGCCGAGACUCGAGAUCUACUCCAGAAGCAGCGCCAGAAUGGCAACCUCUCGAUUUUGGACAAGGGAAGACUGAUGCGUUGUGUAUACAUGGUUACAGAGCGAAUUAUUGAGUUGGAGGAUCAGCAGGAUAACCCAGAUGGUGCUUUCUCAUCUUUCCGUAUGGACCAGGAGUCCAAGACUCAGGAUGGUAAGAGCGGUGCCGACAAGUCGAAGCAACAGCAGCAGAAGGGUGGCAAACCACCCAAGAAUGAGCGCAGCGGCUGGCUCGAGGCUGUUCAAACCGGUAUUGCUAUUGGUGUGACUGUUUGGAUCGCAGAGCUCUUUGCCAACCCCUUCUCUGAGAAGGAGAUUACAUGGCAGGAGAUGCGAAAGGCCUUCCUGGACAAGGGACUGGUCCAGAAGUUGGUUGUCAUCAAUGGCUCCCAAGUCCGUGUCGAGCUUCACCCGUCUGCUACCCAAACUACUGGUGAGGGUGGACAGCCCGCCAGAAAGACCUACGUUUUCUCUAUUGGAUCUGUUGAGUCCUUCGAGCGAAAGCUGGAGGAGGCGCAAGAUCAGCUGGGUAUCCCACCCUCUGAGAGAAUACCCGUCAGCUACGAGGCUGGUGGCAGCACCUUCGGCAACCUUCUCUUGGCAUUUGGUCCAACUCUACUGUUCAUCGGUCUGAUUCUGUGGACCCAACGAUCAAUGGGUGGACGAGGUGGUGCUGGAGGAGGCAUGUUUAACUUCGGCAAGAGCAAGGCCAAGAAGUUUAACGCCGAGAGCGCUGUGAAGGUCAAGUUCUCAGAUGUUGCUGGUCUUGAGGAGGCCAAGACUGAGAUCAUGGAGUUUGUUAGCUUCCUGAAGCAGCCUGAGAAGUUCGAGAAGCUGGGCGCCAAGAUCCCUCGAGGUGCUAUCCUGGCUGGCCCUCCUGGUACUGGUAAGACGUUGCUUGCCAAGGCCACGGCUGGCGAGUCUGGAGUACCCUUCUUCAGUGUGAGCGGUUCCGAAUUCGUUGAGAUGUUCGUGGGUGUCGGUCCUUCUCGUGUGCGAGAUCUGUUUGCCGAAGGCCGCAAGAAUGCUCCCUGUAUCAUCUUCAUCGACGAGAUUGACGCAAUUGGACGUGCCCGACAGGAGAGUGGCCGAGGCUUCGGUGGUAACGACGAGCGGGAGGCGACCCUGAACCAGAUUCUCACUGAAAUGGAUGGUUUCAAUACCCGCGAACAGGUUGUCGUUCUCGCUGGUACUAACCGAGCGGAUAUGCUCGACAAGGCCUUAAUGCGACCUGGACGAUUUGAUCGACAUAUCUUUAUCGACCGACCCACAAUGAAGGGCCGCCAGGAUAUCUUCAAGGUGUACUUGAACAAGAUUGUGACAAAUGAGGAUAUCGAAUAUCUGGUUGGUCGUCUCGCAACUCUGACCCCAGGCUUUUCUGGUGCCGAUAUCGCCAACGUUGUCAACGAGGCUGCUCUUAUUGCUGCCCGAGGCAACGCUGACGAUGUCAAGAUGGACCACUUUGAGCGGGCCAUCGAGCGAGUGGUUGGAGGUCUAGAGCGCAAGUCCCUGGUGCUCAAGCCUGAAGAGAAGAAAACCGUUGCCUACCAUGAGGCUGGUCACGCCAUCUGUGGAUGGUUCCUAGAGCACGCUGAUCCUCUACUCAAGGUCUCCAUCAUCCCCCGUGGCCAGGGUGCCUUGGGUUAUGCCCAAUACCUGCCCCAGGACGCGUACUUGAUGAACACUAACCAGCUCAUGGACCGAAUGGCCAUGACGAUGGGUGGCCGUGUGUCUGAGGAGCUUCACUUCCCUUCCGUGACCACAGGUGCAAGUGACGACUUCAAGAAGGUUUCCCAGAUGGCACGAAACAUGGUGACACAAUGGGGUAUGUCCGAGAAGGUAGGCCCCGUGCACUUCGAGAACGAUCCCAACCGUCCCCAGAAGCCUUUCGCCGAAUCCACUGCCCAGGCGAUCGACCAGGAGGUGUCUCGCAUUGUGGAGGCGGCUUACAAGCGCUGCCGCGAUCUUCUAACAGAGAAGAAGGCAGAGGUUGGCUUGAUUGCGGAGGAACUACUCAAGAAAGAGGUUCUUGUACGAGACGACAUGGUCCGCAUCCUGGGCAAGCGACCAUUCAGUAACAACCAUGAGGACUUUGAGAAGUACUUUGGUGGUGCCAAGGAGGAGAGCACACCCCCUCCAUUCCCUGGAGAGGAGGACGCACCCAAGGAGCCACCUACCCCGGCCCCAGCUUUCAAGAAGCUCGAGUAA